GCGGCGCCACAUAAAAUCACUGCCGUGCCACGUGCUGUGAGCAGCUCAGUGAUUCAUUGAACCUAUGACAUGCAGUCAGGCCUGGGUGACUGGGCCCAGCAGCAAGACAUAAGACGCUCUAAUAGGAGAACCACCUGAAAAUAUACAUCAAAACGGGACCGAUAAUCCAAAGGGAACGGUCAAAUACAUCCAGUAACGUCGAUAAAAUGUGAAAACGAAGAAUAAAGCCACAGAAGUAACAAAAAGGCAGUGAGAACGAGGAAAGAAGUUAGUCAGAAGAAGAAAACCAAUACGACACAAGAAAAAUAAUUGACGCCAACGGGAAAUAUACUGAGUAAAAGCAGGCGUGUGUGUCUGGGAAUCGCGCUCCAAUCGAUCCCCACGGCAGCAGACAUCUGGGUGAGUGAACCACUGUACGCGGCGGAAAAGGUGAGACGUUGAGUGACAGCCGAAGCAAUGACUCGGGCGACUGUAGUGACGCUACUGGUGACGGUGGUGGUGCUGUCGGCGACGGGGGUGACGGCCUUGCCCUUCCGCGCCCCUCGACAGACCCUGCUGAGCGAUAUUAUUAACACACUGCUCAGCACCAGCACGUCCAGCACCAACAUGCAGGAUACGGGAGCUCUGGGGAAGAAGGCUGGAUACCAUGUGGAAGAUCACACUGUAGUGACUGAGGACGGCUACAUUCUUACUAUACAUCACUUGUCUCCCUAUGCCAACCCUGCCAGAUGCUCCAUCACCAUCAGGAAAAAUAAGAGAGAUCCAUACAUCAAUGUUACCUUCAGUGCUUCAGUAAAUCAACAAGGCAAUGCCUUUGGCCCCGAAGUUCCAGGCAAGGUGGAGAACAAAUGGAGGUCGGAAGACAAUGGAGAAAUACAUACUCAGGACACUUCUCUCAUUAGAAAUAAAGUGGUGUUCCUCCAACAUGGGCUAAUGGGUUCCUCUGACAACUGGAACACCAAUACAGAAGAAGACUCUUUAGCCUAUCUACUGUCAGAUGCUGGGUAUGAUGUGUGGAUGGGCAAUUUUCGUGGUAACAUUUAUUCUCGAAAACACAUGAACUUCACUCACAAUGACCCUCAUUUUUGGAGAUUUAGCUAUGAUGAGAUGGCACACUAUGACCUUCCUGCUAUGCUGGACUAUGUUAUACUCCAGACAGGAGUGGAAAAGCUCCACUAUCUGGGACACUCUAUGGGUACGACAGUUUUCUUUGCCCUCAUGAGUUCCCAACCAGAGUAUCAACAAAAGAUUGCGUCAAUGAUAGCUCUGGCCCCUGUUGCUACAGUCACCAGCAUCAGCUCCCCCAUCAAAUACCUGGCACCACUUGUCAAUGAGUUGCAAUUUGUGUUACGGCUGUUUGGAAAUGACCAGGAUUUGAUGACAAACAGACUUCUAAUCUCCUUGUGGGACCCUUAUCGCGUAUGUAGGAGCCACACCUUUUGUGAGAAUCUACAAUUUAUUAUAACAGGCUUUGACCCUUCCAGGGCUGACCAGGGAAUGGUCCCAAUCAUCCUCUCCCACAACCCAGCAGGAGCAUCUACACAAACACUCUUCCAUUUUGCCCAGGGCUUUAACUCAGGACGUUUCCAGAAUUUUGACUGGGGCAAGAAGAAGAAUCUACUGCACUAUGGUCAGAUUGAGCCUCCAGAAUAUGAUGUUACAAAGAUCAAGGUUCCCAUCACAAUGUUUUGGGCAAAUAAUGAUUGGCUGGCAGGCGAGAAGGAUGUUCAUCACUUAGAGAAGCAGUUGCCACACCUUCAAGCAUGCUACAAAGUCCCUAAUCCUAUGUUCAGCCACUUAGACUUCCUCUGGGCCACUGAUGCUCGAUCUCUCGUCUAUGAAAAAGUUUUUGAGGUUCUUGAUAUAGCUGUCAAAAAAUACCAGUAAAAGAAGACAAAACAGUGCAAAAGGAAGAUAAUUGUGGUUGUUUCAUCACCAGUACAGUACGUAUUGCAAAAAUACAUGACAUUAAUUUUAUUGUAAAAUAUUAUGGGUAGAUUUUCUGUUACUUUAUGAAUAUGAAAAUAUUCUUCUUUUUUUCAAAAAACUAGUGGAUUAUUCUAAUUUAUGUAAAGAGUGAGCCAUAUCUUAUACAGACAGGAAUUGAGUAAUAAUGUAUUACAUAAUUUAUUUUUCUAUGUUUUAUACUGGGUAAGUAUUUUAACCUUAGAAAUGCAGAUGCAUCCACAUGCACAUAUAAGCACGCACACACACACACACACACACACACACACACACACACACACACACACACACACACACACA